GCUAAGCCUUUUAAUUAAAAUCCUCCUUCCAAACACUACUUCUCUUAGCUCCAUCGCAUAAACACCAUUCUUUGUAAUAAGAUAUCCAGUAAUAAUACUAAUAAUCUCAAAAUAACAAUUAUUAUUGAGAUUAUUAUUAUUAUUCGAUGGAUUAUGCUUACCUCCACCAAAAUCAUCACCAGUUCCUCCACCAAGAUCAUCAGCUUCCUGUAAUUCUUUCCUCUCCUCCUUCUCUAGCAAAUAAUAUUAACUGUAAUAUACAGAAUUCCCUAUCAUCAUCUUGCUAUGGAGAUUCUACAACUACAUGGACCCCAAACAGUAACACCAUAAACAGUGGCAGCAGUUGUUUGAGCUCAUUACUUUUAUAUCCAAACAAUACUCUCAGCAGCUCAGUAAACCAUCCUCAGCAACAGCAGGAGGAGGAGGUCAACAUGCCCACCCAAGAGUUGACUUUUAAUCACUGGCCGGAGGAGGCGGCUUUCAGCGGCGGCGCAAUGAAGCAAGAACUCUCACCGGCGGUGGAUCAACAGUUCUUUUGCUCCACUAAUGGUAAAAGAGGAGGAAGCACUGCAAGCAGAUUUAUAAGUCAGAUAUACCCAACCAUAAACGUUCCCAUCUUGAACCAUAAUAAGAAUAAUCAGGAAUUAGAAGAAGCUGCAUCUGCUAAUUCCUUGGGGAAUUCUAGGUCUUUGGGGAUGAACAAUUUGCAAGCUUUGGAUCUGUUCAAUUCUGAGCAUCAUCAACAGUUUGGGUUUCAAAGCUUUCCUGGGAUUGAUCACUAUCAUCAUAAUUUGCAGCAAGCAACUCAUCAAAGGACAUUGUUUGGUAACAACUUUCACAAUAUAUCAGCAGCCUUGUCCUGCCAUAACAAUGCCACAACAGAGGGAAAAAGGCAAGGCAAUGGUGUGGAGCCAAAGCCACCUCAAGCACCACUUAUUAAGAAAUCCCGACUGGAUCCGCGUGUCUCCUGUCCGCCCUUUAAGGUGAGAAAAGAGAAGUUAGGAGAUAGAAUUGCAGCUCUUCAACAGUUAGUAGCACCUUUCGGCAAGACAGAUACGGCAUCCGUACUGAUGGAGGCCAUUGGGUACAUCAAAUUUCUUCAAAACCAAGUUGAGACUUUAAGCAUGCCGUAUAUGAAAUCAUCACGCAACAAGGGCUGUGGUUCAACCAUGCAAGGGCAGUGGGGCCAGCAUGAAGACAACAUUGAAACCGAAGAAACCAGAAGAAGAGGGGAUCUUAGAAGCCGAGGGCUUUGUCUUGUACCAUUAUCAUGCAUGUCUUACGUUGAUGACAGCUGCGGCGGUGGCGGCGGCAGCUUCUGGCCUCCUCAGAGCUUCGGCGGAUCUUAAUCAAACAGCACGUGAGUUGCAUGCUUCAUGUCGUGCUCUAAAGUCUGCUCCAUUCAUGGUAGCAGCUCAUCUCCUACGCCAUGCAUACUCAGUUGCUGGUUUAUUAGAGGCUGAUUAGCUGUUGAAUAAGGAUUUAUUAGAUAUGCUUAUUUUGUACUCGCCCUAUUGAUUAAUGGAGCAAGCUUGGUCAUUCUGUAUGGUCAAAAGAGCCACCUUAAGGAUGGACCAAGUUUGAUCCAUUAAAAUUAUAUAUGGGCUUUUUUCUAUUAUUGCUUCAUUAUCACAAGACUUUAUUAUUGUACUGCAUGGCACCCUUAUCUACCCUAAUAACUUCAAAAGUGAGGCUUUCAUUUCUUAGUUAUUGAUUUGCUCCACACAAAUUAAAUCUG